UGCGGCGACCGCCGCGGCCCCACACCCAGGGCUGUUCCCUGGCGGAGACUGCGCCGGGGAGUCCUUCGCCGUCUCCUUGGGUGGCAGCCACCCGGACCCCAGAUGGUGGGUCCGGAGGAUGCCGGAGCCUGUUCGGGAAGAAACCCCAAGUUGGUGCCGGCGCCGGAGCCCGUGGACCAGGACGGGAAGAUGAUCCGGGCCACGGGCGGCUUUGGCGGAGGCGUCAGCGCUGUGGAGCCGCCCGAGGAGGAGGAGGAGGAGGAGGAGGAGACGCCGCCGCGGCAGCUCCUUCAGCGUUACCUCGCGGCCGCCGGUGCACAGCUGGAGCCGGGGCUCUGCCGCUGUGCGGUGCCCAGCGGCCUGGCCGGCGCCCCGCAGAUCGCGGCAGCGCCUCGCUCGGACGCCUGCCCGCCGGGCUCGGGAGCCAAGCACCUUGGCGCCGACGCGGCGGAUGUCCGCGCGCCGCGGCACGGAGGCAUGAUCAACGGGGACUCGGGUUUUCUGCCGGACCGGGCCGGUCUCGACCUGGAGGAGGUUCCGCGCCGCCGCCGCCCCUGCGGCCGCCUCCGCCUCGAGGGGCCUGGUGACGAGAGCGCGGAGCGCGCGAGCAGCCCGUCGGACUGGGCCGCGCCGCUCGAGGACCCGCUGCGGAGCUGCUGUCUGGCGACUGCGGACAGCACGGAGCCCGAGGGCGCGGGCAGUGGAUCCGGGGGCAGCCUGGCCAGUGACGGCAGCGGCAGCGGCAGCAGCAGCGAGGACGUGGGGCGGCCGGGAGCCGGCGACCGGGGUCUGGAGGAGGACGCGCCCCCGGCCCCCUCGGCCGAGAGGACUCGCGGGGGCUUGGGCGCCGAGCCGCGCCUGUGCGUGCCGGACGUUCGUUUGAACUCUCGGAACACGUUCGAGGUGAGCCGCCGCCAGAGCGCCCGGGACCCCCUGCCCCCGGCGGGGCUGCCGGGGUCCUCGGCCGCCUCCGAGCCGGGCUCCGCGGGGACCGCUGCCCGGGCUCGACGGACCGGCGGCUUCGCCGACUUCUUCGCCAGAAACCUUUUUCCAAAAAGGACUAAGGAACUCAAAUCAGUUGUCCCUAGUGCUCCUGGUUGGAAAUUAUUUGGUAAAGUCCCUCCCAGAGAGAAUCUUCAGAAAACUUCCAAAAUCAUUCAACAGGAAUAUGAAGCACGGACAGGGAAGACCUGUAAACCACCACCUCCAUCUUCAAGACGUAAGAAUUUUGAAUUUGAGCCACUUUCUACCACUGCUCUGAUUCUUGAGGAUCGACCGUCAAAUCUUCCUGCGAAAUCUGUGGAAGAAGCUUUACGUCAUCGACAAGAAUAUGAUGAGAUGGUGGCUGAGGCUAAAAAACGAGAAAUUAAGGAAGCACAUAAAAGAAAAAGAAUAAUGAAGGAACGAUUUAAACAGGAAGAAAAUAUUGCAAGUGCAAUGGUGAUUUGGAUUAAUGAAAUCCUGCCCAAUUGGGAAGUAAUGCGUAGUACAAGAAGAGUUCGAGAAUUGUGGUGGCAGGGGUUGCCCCCUAGUGUUCGUGGGAAGGUUUGGAGUCUAGCUGUAGGAAAUGAACUAAAUAUCACUCCUGAACUUUAUGAAAUCUUCCUCUCAAGAGCAAAAGAACGAUGGAAAAGCUUCAGUGAAACAGGCUCAGAGAACGAUACGGAAGGUGUAUCUAUUGCUGAUCGAGAGGCCAGUCUGGAAUUAAUUAAGUUGGAUAUAUCCCGUACAUUUCCAUCUCUCUACAUCUUUCAGAAGGGUGGCCCAUAUCAUGAUGUUUUACAUAGUAUCUUAGGGGCAUACACAUGUUACAGACCUGAUGUUGGUUAUGUCCAAGGGAUGUCCUUCAUUGCAGCAGUACUCAUUCUCAAUCUGGAAGAAGCAGAUGCCUUCAUUGCGUUUGCUAAUCUUCUGAAUAAGCCAUGCCAGUUGGCCUUUUUUCGUGUGGAUCACAGCAUGAUGUUGAAAUAUUUUGCAACAUUUGAAGUAUUUUUUGAAGAAAAUCUCUCCAAACUAUUUCUUCAUUUUAAGUCUUACAGUCUUACACCAGACAUAUACUUGAUAGACUGGAUAUUUACACUGUAUAGCAAAUCCUUACCACUUGAUCUGGCCUGUCGAGUGUGGGACGUAUUUUGCAGAGAUGGGGAGGAAUUUUUAUUUAGGACUGGAUUAGGAAUCCUUCGAUUAUAUGAAGAUAUUCUCCUGCAGAUGGACUUUAUUCAUAUAGCACAGUUUCUAACUAAAUUGCCAGAAGAUAUCACAUCAGAAAAACUGUUCAGCUGUAUUGCAGCCAUUCAGAUGCAGAAUAGCACCAAAAAAUGGACUCAGGUCUUCACUUCUGUAAUGAAGGAUAUUAAAGAAGGAGACAAGAACAGUAGUCCUGCUCUGAAAAGCUGAUCUUCAAAAUUAACAGACUAAUUGAAACAUAAGAUGUUUUUUGGAUUAAAGUUUUUUGUUUCCUAGGUAGAAAGCAUGGAAGAAAAUGUUGGAGAAAUCUUAAAACAAUCAAGAGGUGGAAAACUGCUGAUUUUAAAUUCCAUGACAGUAUUAAUGAAAAAGUGUUUUGUAGGGGAAGCCAUUUUUCAAAGGAAAAAACUUAAAUGGCUACUUCAUACUCCAAAAUUUGGAGUGAAGAGUUUAAUGCAAUAACUUUUUAAAAUAGCCUAAAAAAUCCUUCAAAUUUUUACGUCUUUUCUUCUUAAAUAAUUACCACAAUUGCACUUUGGAGGUCAUAGUAGGACUGUUAAAUACUACUCUAACUUCCAAAAAUACUGUUUUAUAGAUAUUAUCUCCAGUGCUGACCCUUUGAAAAUAUUAUAGACAAAAAAUAAGCAACUCUGGUUGUAAAUUAAGUCAUGGAAGUUGUCACUUACCUUCAUUCACAAAUUGGGGCAAAUCUCUGUUAUGUGGUAACGAGAAAUAUUGGUGGGAGAUUGUUAAUUAUUUGUUUGGGCUUUCCCCCACAAUAUCGUGUCUAUUUGUUUUUGAAGGUAAAUUUUUUCUCUUCCUUAAUGAAUUCCUAUCAUUUAAAGAAUUUUUAUCCUUUUUUCCCCCUAGCAAGUUGUUCAUCUGGUAUUUUAACAUUAAGAAAACUAAAUAAGUGAUAGAAGUUCUUCGCACUUUAAUGGACUAAAGACUUGACUUUGGGAGUUAAGUCCAAAAAUAUAAAUGAGGUAUUUCACUGGUAAGACUGAAAGUAAUGAAUUCUAAGAGUUCUUAAAUAGUGUACUACUUGACAAGAUUAAAUUUUUAAAAAAUUCCUCCAUUAUCUAUAGAAGCAAAAUUUGUUAAUUUCAGUUGAAAUCUUAUAAUAGCUAAGUCCAUGACUUGUAAAACACUAUGCAUAUUUUUUCUAAUCAACGGAAAUCAAAGAAAAAGUAAAAUUAACUUUUUUUCUGAGUUCUACAUUGAUAGCAUAAUAAAGAAUAUUAAUCAUUGGUAAAUUGGCAUUAAAUUUAUUAUGUUUAAUUUUUUGAACUUAAACUAAGUCAUUGAGUGUUAUGAUACUUGUUUAACAUGCUAGUUGGUUAAUUAAUUUAUGGUGUGUUUUUAUGUUGCAGUUUGUUUUUAAACAACACAUAAGCACACUAUUUCUGUUAGUGGUGUAUCUACAGUCUUCAAGCUAACAAGCCCAAGAUCCUUGUUAGUGUAAUGACUGCCUCCUAAGGAGUAUGGGACCAGAGGGUGCCCAUGGAAUUUUAUGUCAUUGGUCAUUCUAGCCCAGGGACUACUAUUGAAACCCUCAGAAGUUAACUCCUUUUAGAGAGCUUUGCUUAAUGGUAACUGGUAGUGUAAUACAAUAUUGAGGGAGUUUCUAGGAUCUUACAAGUUUUAGGAGGACCUUUUAACUCUGGUAGCUACUUCCUUGGUAUUGAUAUUCCUGAUAGAGGGAAUGUAAUGUCUAGCAGUAAUCUCACUGAGGUUAUACUACCGGCCUAAAUUUAAUCUUACUUUUAUGUAUUUGUUGCCUAAGUUGGACCUAUGUUACUGUAUUCCUUUUUCUUAUUUUUUUCUUAUUGUACAGUUUCUUUACCUUUCAAAUAUAAAUGUGUAUAUAAAGUGUAAAUAUAAAGAAUUCAUUAAAAACCACUAGUAACAAUAACUGUGUAAAUAAAACUUAUAGCAGAGUAUUUACUUGAAAUGAGUCUUCAUUACUUUGGGGAUAUCUAGUUUAUUAAACCACAUCCUGAGGGAAAAAAAGAAAUGUGCUUUUUUUGUUUGUCAGAUUUCUCUUCCAAGGGAUGCACUAGGCCUUGUCUUUUGAAAGGCAACAUUGGCAGCUAAAUAUUAUAUCUUCCCUUGAAACUGUAUACAGGCAAUAUGUGGUUAUUCAUGUGGUCAGAAUAUUCAGGGUUGUUUGUUUUUGGUUAAAGCAUAUUUUAAAUUAAACUCCUAAAAUAUUUAAGACAUCCUGAAAUUUAAUGUUUUAUUUGCUUGUCUACUUAAUAUAUCCUUUAGCCCUGUUCUGCAUUGCUAAUAUUUAAAUGUUACUAGAGGUCUCCUAUGACUAGUAUAGUUUUCUGAAGUCAGUGUUUGCUGAUUUCCUUUGCAUUGAUUCCAUUCAUAUGAUGUUAUUGGUUUGUUAUUGUUUAACUUUACAAGUUAGGUAGCCUUUACAAAAGAGCAUACAAAUUUGCAAAGCCUCUGACUUCAAGAUAACAUUUGUCAUUGUAGCUUAGGAACUAAUGCUGUUACUACCUGUAGCAGUCAAUUCUAUUGAAUGUGUACUGUUAGAGGGUACGAUUCUAAAACAUAUAAUCAGGAAACUCUUGUACUUCAUAAUGUCAUAUGGUUUAUCUUGAUUUUUCAUUUCCUAUUUUUGUUUAGAUAGGAUAAAAUUAACUUAUACUCGAAAAGCAUAUUCAAACAGUAGAGACUGGAAUAAAAGAGGCAAGAAAGAUGUGAGGUAGCAUUGGAAAAUCAAUCAUUUUGGUUUGCCAUGAAGAAUUAAUAAUAGUGUUACCUCUGGAAAAUAAGUGUUUUUUUGUAAUGAAUUCAUAUUAUUUUGCUAUUGACAUUGUCUAAAAGUUAAAUUCUCAAAUGUAGUAAAACUUCAUUAAAACGUCACUGUUUCACCACAUGUAAAAGCUAAAAUAAAGAUGUUUCAUGCCAGAUUUCAGGGAAAGUAGCUGCUUCAGAGAAAGCCUUGUUCUUUAAAGAUAUUGUUUGCAUACUAAGAGUGUAAUUGCAAUAGAAGUGCAUUACAUGGAAAUUUUAAUUACUGAAGUGACAUUUAUUAAGCCUGAUUAUAUGCUAUGUACUGCUUCUUAAUAUUUUGUUAGGCUACAUAAAGUUCUAAUGCCUGGGAAGUUAGAAAAUUGCUCUUCCUUUCAAGCAUUCUACUGUUCAUAUUGAUUGUUCCUCAGUCCAAAUUAAUGAAGUUUUACUGUGCACAUUUCUUUUUGUGUGCUAGAUUUAUUUUCUAAAAAAUUUUAGAGAGGAAAUUUGACUUUAAAAAAAU